AUGCCUCCACUUACCCAACCACAACCACAACAGACACAGCCCAAUAUAAUAACAAAAUUAAGUCAAGUCAUAUAUCUUAAAGAAAAAGAAUUCAUUGCAUUAAGUAUUUAUCCAAUAACAAUAUUAUUAGGUCAAUUAAUAUAUCAUUCUCAAACAGAAAUAACAACAAAUUAUUAUACAAAUAAACAUAAUUUCCUUAAUGUUUUUUUUGUGAAGAAAGGUUGGUUUUGGACAGUUAUUACAACAUUAUUUAUUAUAAUUCAACAUGGUAAAUCUAUAAAAAAUUCAUUAGUUAGACUUGGUAUUCAAACUAUUUGGUGGUGGUUUUUCACACAAUGGUUCUUUGGGGUACCAUUAAUGGAUAAAGUAUUUGUUUGGACUGGUGGUGUUUGUGAUUAUGAUUUUAUUCAACAUGGUGUUUUAGAUGGGAUGGGUAGUUCUAUAUGUAGACAAGUUAAAGGACAUUGGAAAGGUGGUCAUGAUCCAAGUGGUCAUGUUUUCCUGUUGGUAUUGGGUUCAUUAACUUUAUGGUUUGAAAUUUUAAGUAUUGAUUCAUGGAAAGAAGUUCAAAGGUUUAGAUUAGAAUUUGUUAGAACUGAAUCCUUGUUAGAAAAAUUAAAACUUGUGGUUAAUAAUUCUGUUAUACUUGGUGGUGUUUUACUUUGGUUAUGGUGGUGGAUGUUAUUAACUACAUCAAUUCAUUUCCAUUCAUUUCUUGAACAGAUUUCAGGAUUAAUUUUCGGUUCAUUAGGUGUUUUAGUUUAUACUAUUCCAAGAAUGUUUUAA